AAAAUGGGUUGGAAGGAGAUUGAAGUUGAAGACGUUGGGACUGACAGCUACAAAACUAGGAGAGGGAAAGAAAAAAAAAGAAAGGAAGAAGAUAAUAUAGUACAGAGAGAUUAAGGAAUAUUUAGCUGUAAAAUAGGCGAACAUGGAGGAUUAUGGGGUUCUUUAAUCUUUUCUUUGUCUGGAAGUGUAAGCCUGUUGGGAGUUUUGACUUCGUUACAGAAAUGGCGAAUUAUUGACCUCUCAAAUGGGGAAUUCCUUACCGUUUGGAAUGGGGGGACGUUGCAAACCGCGUUCUUUAACUCACGUCACUCUCUCUUUCCUUCAAUCUUCUUCUUCUUCCUCUUCCAUUCCAUGAUAGAAUUACAAUGAUUCAUUGUUCACCAUGCGUUGGUUGCCUAACAUCUCCUUUACCCCUUCUUCCAUAGUCAGGAUUCCGGGCACCGCCACCGGUGGCGAUUCUCCCACCAGAAGGACUGCCUCCACUCGCUCCGACGACAAUAAUUAUUGGAGAAUUGCUUGGCGUUUUGGCGCCUCUAAGUAUUCGCGCCAAAGGAAGCUUCGAAACCUAAGCGGACAUGAUCGCGCCGCUGCUUCUUUGCCUAAAUGGUCCGAUACUACGCCCGAGCCCGUCUCCUUCUCCAAAUCGCCUAGUACCUCUGAGGAUCGUGCCGUGCCGUUGCCGCUCCCGGAGCUUUCCCCUACGUUUCAGCGUCGAGAAGGGAUUUCGAAUUCGAAUUCUGGAUGUGGAGAUGCGGAUUGCCCUCUUCCGUCGCCCAAGGUGUUGCGUGGUCGAGGCGGGGACGACCGCGAUGUAGAUAGAGAUAGAACUGCCCCUGCUCACAAGAUUGGGGGUGGGGUCUCCAAUAGCGCUCCGAUUAGAAGUAUAUUUGAUUCCCGGGAGAGGCAGAGGAAAGAAGAGCAGGUUGAGACAAGGUCGUCUAGCAGGGCGAGUCGAGAUGCAUUAGGACAUCCGCAAAGAUCGCGGAACAGUUUCAGGAUUGAUGUUCCCAGUAGAAGUGCUCCUACUAGUCCUUAUGCAAGUCCUGCACUCAGUCCCCAAAGAAAUAGUUCCAUUAACCUUUCAAAUAUCCAUCAUGAGGCGGCUCCAGUCGGAAAUCAAGGCUGGUCUGCACCUGAGCUGCCAAAUUUCCAUUAUGGGACUCCAGUAGGAAAUCACGUCUGGUCUGCUCCCGAGCUGCCAGCCUCAGCAAUGAUGCGGAGGGUUCCUCCUGCAUUCUUUGAUGGCUCCACUUUUAGCUCUGAGAGUUCUCCCAUGCAUAGCCCAAGAAUGCAUAGCCCAACAACACAUAGCCCAAGAAUGCAUAGCCCAAGAAUGCAUAGUCCAAGAGGUAGAAGUCCCCACCGAGAUCCCAGAAGUCCUACAGGACCUGCAUCUCCAUUGCACACCAAGAUUUCCCUUGAAACACGUUCUGUGCAUCGAGAAACUGCUGGUCCUGUGAGUGUCCACCCUUUACCUCUUCCUCCUGGAGUACCAAUGCCUUCACCAUCAACCUCAAUGCCUUUACAAUCAACACCAAUUACACAAGCCAACACUAAAACUGAGGCAAUCUCAAAGAAAAAUCAAUGGCAGAAAGGAAAGCUUAUUGGCCGGGGCACAUUUGGUAGUGUUUACGUUGCAAGCAACAGAGAAAAUGGAUCUUUAUGUGCAAUGAAGGAAGUUGAAUUAUUUCCUGAUGAUCCGAAAUCGGCUGAAUGUAUAAAGCAAUUAGAACAGGAGAUCAAACUUCUGAGCCAGCUAAAGCAUCCAAAUAUUGUCCAGUACUAUGGCAGUGAUGUUGUUGAAGAUCGAUUGUAUAUAUACCUGGAGUAUGUUCAUCCUGGUUCAAUUAAUAAAUAUGUCCGUGAACAUUGUGGAGCCAUGACAGAAUCUGUUGUUCGGAAUUUUACUCGUCACAUCCUCUCAGGGCUGGCCUACUUACACAGCACAAAGACUAUACAUCGGGACAUUAAAGGUGCUAAUUUGCUUGUAGACUCUUGUGGGGUUGUCAAGCUUGCUGACUUUGGAAUGGCUAAACAUCUUACAGGACAAGUUGCUGAUCUCUCUUUAAAGGGAAGUCCAUACUGGAUGGCUCCUGAGCUUCUUCUGUCUGUGAUGCAGAAAGAUAACAACUCUGAUCUUGCCCUGGCUGUUGAUAUUUGGAGCCUUGGGUGCACUAUUAUAGAAAUGUUCACUGGCAAGCCACCUUGGAGCGAGUAUGAAGGGGCUGCAGCAAUGUUUAAGGUCAUGAGAGAUGCCCCAACAAUACCUGAAUCAUUAUCUUACGAAGCCAGAGAGUUCUUAAAAUGCUGCUUUCAGAGAAAUCCGGCAGAGAGGCCGACUGCUGCCAUGCUGCUUGAACAUCCGUUUAUGAAAAACUUGCAGAAUCCAGAAGCUCCAUCUUUCUCGCUGGCCGUAGCUGGAUCAAAUUCGACGGAUAAAUGCUAUAGCCCAAGUGAACAGUUUUCAAGUAAAUUUGAUCAGCUUUCCAUGCUUCCAAGCUCACAAAAUCCCAAGGGAAAAUUAGCUUCCGAGAGUGUGAUUGGCCCACUAUCUCAUUAUGAAAUCUCUGACUUAACAGCAAUGUCUCGUUAUUCCCCCCGUUCUACCCUUGAGGCCCUUCCACUACUGUCUCCUCCACGCUCAGUCCAAAGUAUGCAUUCCCCUGCAAAUGCGCUCGGCUAUGUAAAUCAAACCAAUAAAAGAUGAGCCAUGCAGUAUUAUAGCGAAGGAAAGUAUCUGCGCCAGGCAUGCCUCUGGCUUUGCUUGUACCUUCAAUCGACCAGCAGUUGGCAGGGGUGGCUGAAGUAUCGGUGAAAAAUCAGCUUCAGAACGAGAAGCCAGAUUCAGAUGGUGUGCCUAGUAGGUGAGUUUCUGGCAUAGAUUGUUGUCUACUCAUGUAGGUUUUCUUUUCUCCUUCUGAUAUGUUCUUUUGAAAUGUAAAAGCUUCUGGUGUGGAAGUCUUCCCUGAAGUGGAAGUUGAGAAACAAUUAUGCAUGCUGUUUUUUCCAUUUUAGAGCUUCAGUAAUGGCGACAUCCACUGAUCAUUCCAAAUCACCACUUCCUUAUACAACUUCAAUCUGAAUUUUGAAUUUGUAUAUACCAGAGAGGUUUGAUAAUGGAAUCAUAUGGUCCAACAGCAAUUGCUUGCAAAUUUCGUUUGUUUGAUUCCAAUAGACAAUUCUUUUGUUUUGUCUGAUACAUUCAGCAACAUGAUUUCUGAUUCUUGUGUU